GUACACUGAUGUCCAGCUUAUUUUAACACAACUAGAUCCGACUAUACUUUAGCUAUCCAGCACUCUCCCUGCUAAUAUGAUGGCAUCACUUCGCUCUAUCUGAAUUGCACAAAAAAAACGAAAGCACCUGCAGCUAGAACAAAACCCAAAAUGCAUCUUCCAAAGGAUAAAAACAAAACCGUUCCCAGAAAUGGUUUGCUCAGCAUAAGCAGCACCAGCUGUAGCCGAAGCACAAUUCUAGUCACAUUUUUAAUUAUAUCUAUAAAGUGUGAUCAUAGUAUAGGAAGUGUUCAAGUAUCCCAACAGGAACAUCCUAAAUAUGAACAAAUCGCUCUCGAUAAGGUAGAACAAAUUGACAUACCAAAGGAUCAAAUACCACUAGUACGACUGCCAUCGAACACAUUGCUGAAAUACACCGCGUAUAAGGAUGUGUCCAUACUUCAUUUUCGCAUACCACCAGAUACUCGAACUGCGUUGUUUACAUUUAAGGCUUAUGAGGAAUCCAAAAGUGCCUUCCAACGAUUUUGUGAACCACACGAUAUAACAUUACAUUUGAAAGCGGGUAGUUAUCCUGUGAUAAGUCCAGAGAACAUUACAUUCCCCAAGCACUUUUUGAGUGCCGAUCAAAGAUUCGAAAUCUACAGCCUUCAGUUCAAAUCGGAUGGAAGCACACAGCGGCUUACAGUUGAUGGACCGCAGGCGGGAAAUUGGUUUGCGGUUGCCUUCAUAAGUUGGACAGACCCGAAGGAUGAACGCAUUGAACAGCAAGGCUUGGCGGCAUCCUGUGAGACAUUAUUACUAUCCGAAAUGUCAGUAGCCCGGAUCGUUCCAAUAAUAAUCAAUAGCGGUCGCGUAUACACUAACCCGCUAGCAAACAACGCCGAUCAGAAUGGCACCAAUGUAAUCAGCUAUAAAUUCUUUGUACCACGAAAUGUAGGGAUUGUUACCAUUAGGAUUUCAGUGGAAAUACCAUGUCCAUCUUGUCCAGCCGUCGAAUUCUAUGUCCAGGCAAAUGCAUUACCCAGCCAAGGGGAGCAGCAUAAUCUUUAUGCUGGAGUGGUUUAUCCGAAUCAAACAGGAGAGACCAUUUUCGAUGACAUCGUCGUACAGUCUAGUCAAUGGCAUUUCAUCGAUAUUAAAUUCCAGGAGGAAGAGAGAGAGUCACGAGCAACCAGUAAGGACCCCAAAACCAUUCAGCUUGUCCUGAAUCCAAACAGCGGUGACGAGCGUUCAGGCGAUAAUAGGACAUUACAAGAAGUGGAUAUUUCAGUGCAAGUGGAUUUUCAUUCAGAGGACGAGGAAGCGGCAGCCGCAACGGAUGCAGUGGAUCCUAAAAAGCCUCUGAUGUUUCGCGGGAUUGAAUACCAUCCCCUGCUUAGACAGACCUAUCGGGAGUUCUUCAUGUUCGAUUACGACCUACUCCCGGAUGUGAACGGGUCAGUUCCGACCCAUUUGAAUAUUACAGCUGGAACGCCCAUUGGAUUUCGCUUCGAAGUAGGGGAUGUUUAUGACAUCGGCGGGACUUUAAGCUUCGCUGUUGCAAUUAAGCCGGAAAUCAAGGACAUCGGGGACACGGACUCCGCAACCAACGAACGAGCUAAUAAUAAUGGACAAGCUGAUGGCCAGGACGAGGAAGAAAGGCUAAAGGGUAAUCAGACUAUAGUGGUUUGUAUGCAUUUAGGCGAGCCGGGAGAACCCAUUUGGCCCGACAGUUGUCGCUACGGGAAACGUACUCUGCCUGCCUCGAGCGUUGUAAAUAAUUCGGACGUAGAUACAAGCACAGGAUUAAUUCAUGUCCCGUUCCCAGAAAGCGGAAAAUGGUAUAUAACAAUGGGACUGUUCUGCCACGGGGCUGCAACCACAGCCCGUGUUACAAUCAUCGAUAGUGUUAAGGACUUCAUCCGGAAAUACACACAACUCUUAGACACUAUGCGAACUCCCUGCUCCUGUGCCCUGCGCUCAGCGUACUACAAGUCCUGUAUCGAAGAUCGAAAAUGUCUCGCUCAAAUGAACGAAACGGAAACGCUCAAAAUUAAGGAGUGUUUAAUGGAUUCCAAAUGUACUUCCAACUACGAAGACAUGACCAAAAAAUUCGAGAUACAUCACCGAUUCGCCACGGAACAAAGUGUUGCUACAGACGAUAGUUGUAAUUCUUCGGUGGUGUUCACGAUAUCGUCGAGUCCUUGUGUUGCGGGGCGUUGUGGACGCUACGGACGAUGCUAUCACUAUAUGUCUGGAGGAUUUGUUUUCUCUACAUGUCUGUGCAUAAAAGGGUACCGGGGCUGGGACUGUACCGAGGACUCCCAGGUGCCCACCAGCAUCUCAAUCCUAAUCGCCUCUCUGCUUCUCACCCUCAGCAAUCUCCUGUUCAUCCCCAGCAUCUACUUCGCCAUCCGUCGGAAAUACUACACGGAGGCGGUAAUUUAUUUCUGUGCCAUGUUCUUUUCAAUAUUCUAUCACGCCUGCGACUCCGGCGAGGAUGAGUACAGUUUCUGCUUAGUGAAAAUUGGCGUUCUACAAUUCUGCGACUUCUAUUGUGGCCUUCUCGCCAUUUGGGUCACACUAAUUGCUAUGUCACAUAUUCGACAGCAAUUCGUUUCACUGCUUCAUAUGCUGGGAGCUAUAGUCCUUGCGUUCGGCACAGAGCUUAAUAAGCAAUCCCUGUGGGUGUUCCUUGCGCCGGCAUUGACCGGGAUAUGUUUGAUAUCCGUCAGCUGGGGUAUGAGAUGUCGCAAGACAAGAAAGUGGUUCCCAUCGAAGAAAUACUUAACCAUUUUCAUGCCCAUCGGUACCGUCCUAGUUAUGACUGGUCUUGUAUGCUAUGCAUUCCUACAGACCAAACAAAACUAUCAUAUAGUUCACUCUAUUUGGCAUAUGGUGAUGGCAUUGGCCAUUCUCUGCCUGCUACCAAGCCGGAAAACUUUUUUGCCGAAAUGCUAGCAUUCAGCUUUAUUGGCCAGAGAGUUCCUUCUGGUAGAACAGGAGUUCUACAUGUAAUAUUACUGAAGUAGAUAGAGAUACACGUACUAUAACCUUAUUGUAUUGAAUAGUUGUGGGAGUGAAAUAAAGUGGAAAUGGGUCUAGUUUAUUAGGAUCGAGAGUGAUUUGAAACGAGGAGAAUGGAUGGAGUUUAGUUUUAAAUGAAAGCGUUUACUACGCUCUUAUAUUCAGUCCAAUGCCAAUAUUUGCGUAAGUGGGUAAACAUGAAAAGAUACUUCGAAUAAGCUUGAUUGUUGCUCCUUUUCCAUUAGGCUAAUUACCGAUUCUCUUCUACUACUAAUGCGUUCGGAAGACAGGAAAGAAAAUCCAUCUCCAGAACAUUUUGAGAGCAUCAAUUUAAGUAUCCUAGGUACUUAUAACGUUCCGCACUAACCUAUAUAACAUCUUUAGAACGUCGCAGAGUAUGACUCGUAUCCAGGCAAACCCAAUUUGGAAUCUUAUGAAGACAAUAUCUUGAAAAUAGUUUAUUUGCUCGUCUUUCUCUUUCUUAUCAAAAGUGAUAUAAUUACUUUCAAAUUUAAUUUUAAAUAACUAAAGAUAAUAAAAUUUUUCAAUACAUCUGAACCCCUUAGAAUUACUUUACGUUUUCUAAAAUGAACUUUAAAGGGUUCUUUGCUGACCUACUGGUAAAAAGGCCUCCCCACCAAAUUCGUAUGCUAGAAACCCUAUAGUGUAUUGCAGUUGGGACUUUUACCUAAAUUUCCCAAGCUUUUUCAACUCCUUCAUCAUCAUCAACUGCCCAACAACCGCUAUCCGAUCUAGACCUGCCUUAGUAAGAAACUCUAGACAUCCAUCUCAGGUAGGGUCUGCCCCAUCUUCUUUUUCUACCAUAGAUAUUACCUUUAUAGACUUUCCGGGCUGGAUCAUCCUCAUCCAUAUGGAUUAGGUAACCCGCCCACCGCAACCUGUUGAGACCGUCGUGGUAUCACACAUAAUUUCGUCGUUAUGUAGGUUAAGGACUCCAACUCCUUCUUCAAUAUAUAUAGCAAAGGAACCAUGUGGAUCUUUCAAAUGUUGAAUUAGUCAAGUAAAAACCGGAGCUAUGUAUCUAUAAAAUUAGAAAAUGGAAAAAAAUAAGAUCUACCAGGAAACAAAUACUGCACCACAGCACCGACUGACGAUGCAAGCCAGCUGGUUCCGAAAGGUGUGUCAUCCUAGAAAGAAACCAUGAUGACCUAAUGAGUAGAAAGUUGUAUCGAAAUAUACAAAUAAACCCCAAAAUCCACAAUUAAAAGCGAACAAAGGUCGCUUCACCAUCCACACAUGACACACUGGAGAUAUCAACGGCGAAAUUUUCGGACAACUGCCGCAUAUUGACCCUACCUAUUACAUAAAGAACUCCAAAGUAUAUAUCUGAGCCUAUGAUAAUGGCAAGCGGAAUUGUAUUCAACUUUCAACACUGGUGAACUCACCGCUCUCUCAUUUCAUUGUGUUCAUAAAAAGAUUAAUCAGCCAAAAAUGAGUAGAGUGACAGUUCAACAACUACAUGCAUAGCUAGAUAUAUAUUUGUUUAUAUGUUCUAUUCAAUAAGCAGUAAAAACCAUUAUCUUUCACUGCCUGCAGUUAUCAGGUGUACCCUAAGGUAUUUUGACCGUAUCAACAACGAUGAUGAUUAUCUCCGCAUUCUUGUUCCUGGCUGUGACGAUGUUAGCUAAUUUUAUCCCUGAAUUCACUACGUGCAUCUCUUCAAGACGCCUGAAAAAUACCCAACCCUUGAUAGUAUCUUCCGCGUUCUGAUAGUUCAACCAUCUCUCCUGGGCGACGGGAAAAAUCUCUGAACCUCGGUAGAAUCUUGCCUCUUCUGCUCUCUCUCUCUUGCCUGGGGCAGCCACCACAUAAUUCAUGAGGAAUCUAAAAACCUAAUGGGAAGUGUCACCUUCAGUUAGGAGCUUCUGUUCCAAGGAAAUCAGAAAAUAGAGGCUUAUACUGUGUAUAACACUUCCAUGACACACCAGACCUUCAGGGUCAAAUUUAUGCAAACAAUUCUGGUUUACUAUAGAUAUCUCCCAUGGAGCGAUAAGCAAAUUGUAUUAUCUUCUUUUUUAUCUUCUUGAUAUUGACCUUCAUUAUUCAUUAUUCCUUCAAACAAUACCACCAUGAUGGAAUGAUAGACUUUUUUGAUGAAGACCCCCCCCCCUUCUUUCGUACCCCAGAUUCAAAUCCUAAAUAUAUCGGAAACACGUCAGACGCCGCUUUGACCUCUACCCUGGCAGCAACGUAACUGACAUGGCUUUAAGAUGGUGUUUGCUCCCUUGCAUCAUCAUUAUCAUCAACGGCGCAGCAACGGGCAUCCGGUAUCCGGUUUAGGCCUGCCUUAGUAAGGAACUCCAGAUUUCGUCGUUAUGUAGGCUCCCUUAUAUACAUUCAUAAACAAAUUGUGAGAUUAAACUAUAUUCAGGGCAAGUGCCACUUAAAAAAAAUCAGACCUAAGGCAGAUGAAACUGCAAGUGGUCUAUUUUGCAAACUGGGUACUAGCCCAGAGCAAAGGUCCUUCCUAAUUGGUUCAGUUUGCCAACGGCGGAAUCAUGGCACUCUCAAUCCCUAAAAACAAAGUUUAGGUCUCCUUCCUGGCAAGAUUUUAACAGCGAGUUUCCAGUGCAGAUUAAAGUGACCUCUAUACUCUAUUCUAUUAAGCACCAACAAAGAUAUCCAAUUUAGAGGCUGACACUAAGGUCGUGUUCAACCAUCUGUUGAAAGGUUAUGAAAUGUAUUUUUUUGAGAAUUGGGGGGUCCUAAGUCCGCAUUAACUUAAUGCUGGACCAGACCAAAUGGGGGGCAACUUACUCCCUCUUUUUUUGGUCCACGGACCCCUCGUUUAGGGCUUAGCACCCAAACAUUAAAAAAAUGUCAGUCGAUGACGGCUUUCCGGUUUCCUACCAGGCCAAAUCGUCAGACGCUGCCUCACCUCUGCCCUCGGAACAGCGUGACCGAAGCGGCUCACAGAUGUUAAGUGCUAAGGUUUAUAGAUUUCUGCUACUUUCACUGCCUAAUCAUUGUGAUCGCAUUGUAAGACCACAGGGCCUGUCUUAAAAAUAUUUGGGUUCCAGCUGAUCGGCAUCACAUCAACCACAUCCUGAUCAGUAGAACGAUAUUAAGUAACGAAAGAAAAAAUCUCUGACAUUGGUUUCAAAACAAAUUAGUACUUGAUUGUCGCCGACCUUCACUUCCAUAGGUCCGCAGCGUUUGCCAGACCUAAAGUGCCGGCCCCCAGUAUUCACUACAAACCACAAGUAGAACUUUUGACAAAGUACGAGAAAUGCGGCAUAGCACAGCAACAGCUUCCUUCGGGGGAUGGGGAGACGUCACCGUUAUCUCAACUGCGAUGAUGAAAAUUGGACAAGAAUACCAUACCAUAUACCAGUAUUCUCAACCGUAUAAUAUAAGCACAACUCCACGUGGACGAUUUGACAAACAAUAAUGAAAUGAUCAAUUCACUCAUGCGGAACAAAACCGCAGAGUUUGCUGGCCUCCACCUAGAACUGUUCCUUGUAGAACUCGCGGUUUCUACAGAAAUGCUGGUACUUCUACUUAUUCGAAAAUACUGAGAAACUGAGAUCGAUAACAGCGAAUAUAAGAAUAGGAUGAUCGCCAAGAUUCCGAAGAAGGGCACCCGUGUUGAGUGCGACAAUCAGAGUGGUAAUUGCACGUUCCUUGCUUUCGUAAAAGUCUUCUUUUUCUUCUUUUACCCCACAAAGGGUGAAUAGCAACCAUAUUAUUAUAAUUAUUCCGCUCAGGAGAAGGUUCACCUCGACGCCAUCGAUUGCGCUAUUCUGCUCGGUAAUAAGCCUACUCUGAAUGGGGUCCAUAGGUCUCGAAUCACCAUCUGGCAUAUCAAGUCAUCAUUGUUUCAGUCAUAUUAGCAAGUGAGCUCUUGCCAGUACAAAUUACAUUACAUUUCCAUACCAUCGAACACGACAUCUUUGCCUUAUCGCGAGUUGUCGUUCAUUGUCCUGGAUAGUCGGCGAGCACUCAGAACCACAGGGCGCAGGGCAAAAGACAUUGCGGUGUACUUUAUUUUUGAGACUUUCGUUGAUGCGCCAUUCACGAUGAACACAAAUUGGAAAAUACAACCUCAUCUUACUUGCGCUGAUUCCUAAAGCAAUUUCACAACGCAAUUUACCAUUGUCUGAUAACAUUGGCCAAAGAUGGCAGGGAUAGUCCCUGCUCCACUGUGAAAAAUUCUGCUUUAUUCAGAUUCAGUCUCAGAUUCCGCUACAUGAGGUGAUCAUUCCACUUUUGACAAGCUUUGUUAUGAGACGCUAAAAAAGCAUCAUCGUCGAUGUGACAGUAUCCAUAAUGAAAACAAAAAGGGUGGCGAGAGAGCGCUUCCUUGAUGAACACCGAUUGAGACACGAAGUCGACAUCAUUUUUAUACGCUUUUAUUCCAACAACGGUGAUGAAUACCUCCCUGUUUUUUUUAGUCUAUAAUGAUGCUAGUUUUUAGCAGUUCGUAUCCUUGAAUUUGACGAUUGAAUUCCUUGAAAAAUGUUCAAAAGUUUGGCAUCAUCUUGUCUGCGCCUGUGCUACCAGUGCCGGGAGAAUAAACAAAAAUCCAGAACCUUGGUAAUAUAUAGACUUGCCUGAUCCGUAUUAUUGAACCACCUCCGCAAGAAUUCUACAAAAAAUUCCAAAACCUUGUCAAUAUCUUAUCUAUCCUGGUACGGAUAGUUGAACCAUCAUUCCAGGACGAUUAAGCAAAUUCCAGCAUUUUGGUGAUGUCUUGUCUGAUUGAAGCAUGGUAAGGGGAUAAAGAUUUUCCGGUGGAUUUUCCCCUCGACUGCGACUAGAAUUUGUGAUUUUGUUUGUUUAUGACCUAAAUUUCCAAAGAACACAUGUGUGUCGUACAUAUGUAUAUAUAGUAAAAGAUUUGAACCUAUGAAAAGAGAUUUUAGCUGAAAGGAUUUUGAUAGACUGAAAUAGGCUAUAUUAGCUACCAAGAGCCGUAUACCAAUGUUAUCAUCGGCUGUGACUUCCAGUUCGGAGAAUGACUUAAUUUUUUAAAGGUAUAUUUUCCUAGCUGCAAUUGGGCAGUAUACUGUUUUCGAUGUUGAUAUCGCCACAUUAAAUUUAAUCUUGUUUUCGUUGCUGGAACGUCCUUCAUGCUCUGCCGCCUACUCAGCUAGGACGAACAUAUCUUUCAAUGUACGGUCGUUUUACACCUGACCUCAUCAGUGUGGACCAGUGAUUGGGAGAACUUGGGUAAAAGAUAUCCCUCAUGCUCAUUUCUAAGUCUUAGAUCACGUUUGUCAGCAUGAGGGUAAAGAGGAAACGCAAUAGUGAAUCUUCCUGUUGCAUUCCGUUGAUCUUUAAUGAUGGACCUGGCCUAAUUUGGACUAAUCCAAUCAAUUUUAUUAGGAUAUGGUAUCCUCUUAUACCUAGCAGCGUGGUAUAUUUCAAUCUCUGGAUGGCACGAACAAUGUGCUGAUGGUUGGUAAUGGUAUUAGUAUUCCAUAAUCUUUAUUUGGCAGGACUCCAACUCAGCAGACUAACAGACGCAAUUCAUCAAAGCACUAUAUCCUACCCAUCACCCUAAUAUGCCUAUUCGAUCGGAGAUCAGAUCUAUACUGCCGAAUGCUUGUGCGCUCGCAAUUUCAGAUAAUUCUCGGUUUUCCCGGGCCUCCCUGUUCUGGCUAUGAGGUAAUUUGUCAGCUUGUCAUAGCUCUUCUAUACGUACCUGUUUUUUCUAAGAAUGUUAUAUGGCUCAGUCUGCAGCAUUCUUUCAUUCAGUUGCUAGCUAACAGUCGUCAUCGCUUUUCCGCUGGUGCCAAAAAGGUUCAUAGUCGUACCAAUGAGGCCAUGUUCCCAGACUUCUUCAACUGUGAAAAAAGGGAAUUUCUAUAUUCCAUAAAGCAGUGAAAAGAAGAUCGCUCAAUGAUUUUGUGUCCAUCAGAUCCUACAGCCCGCGAAAUUCGAUUAUCGCAUGAACGUCAACGUUCUUCGCAAAUUCGUCAGAAAACUUACGAUCAUAUCCAAAUUUUUUCGUGGUGCGGUAUACACUUCUGAAAUCAUUGCGUUCUACAUCAUCUUCCGCCUCCUUGAGCAGCGCAAUAGCAAAUUCCUCCCCCCCCCCCCCCUUUCCUUCGACACACAAUGCUUUGAACUACUGAAAUUUCGCUCAGUAUCGGGUUUUCAGCGCGUCACGCCCACUACAACUCGCAGCAUUCAAUCCGUUUCCACUAUUAUCCAGUCAGCCUGAUCUUAUGACAUCCCAUCGGGACAUGGCCGACCACCUGUGUACCCGACAAAAGAAGAUUUUAGAUGGUGACCCAAUGCUCAUCGAUAUUCUCCGGGGAGUUAUUCAGUGUAUUUGCCGUUCGAUCAGCAAGAUAGCUCUCUCACUGUCGAGCAAUAGCUAGAUCAUACAAGCGGUCGAUUUUGAACUCUCUCCAAAUCUGCGAGGAGUCGCGGACGCAAUAUUCAAGCAAACGUGAGCGACCAUCAGAUUGUGAUCCCUCUCGAGGUGAGGUGUUGUCAGAGCCCACCUUGGCAUUCAUCACAAUCACACCUUUAAGAAUCCUCUACAGAACUGGGUGUAGUUGCUCAUGGAAGGCAUCCUUCUGCAUGAUAUCAGAAGUUUCCGCUGGUAUACAGCACUAUACAAUGGUGUUGGUCUUUUAACUGCGCGGCAAUCUUACAGCCGGAAGUCUGUCAGAAAGCAACUCCGCCCUCAAAAAAGUGUGCCUUGCGAUAGUCGCCAGAAAAAAACCCGCCAGUGGAUACGCAUCUGCUACCACUUGGGUUUGCAGAGUGCAAACGCAAGAUGUGUUUGUUGAAUCUGGUCGUUAUCAAGCGUUUAAUCUGUUCUACAUAUAUGUUAUUACAAUGGUUGCUCGUUAUUCGGUAGAUCCCGCUUUUUACCUCCACCGCCAAAGGAUCUUUUUCGCUUCCCAGUAAAUUACGCAAGGUGGACGAUCGACUCGAACCUAUGACUUCCAGUUGAAACUUUUUUAUCCAAUUCCUGAUGUUGUUAAAUAGUUAGGAAUACGGAAUACUUAUCCGUCUCGUGGUUGCUUGUCAAUAGUCUGAAGUUACUGGUAUCGUUGGCUUACGGCAUAUUUCGAACUCAAGCUUCCCUUAGCAUCCUUUUCUACCUCUAGUGUAAACUCAAUUUUUUGAUCAAUCUUGUUUAUCGAGGAGAUGACCUUGUCGAUAUCGCCUCUUCUAACAAUGGCAAAUAUGUCGUUUACAGAUCUAGACCAUACUUUAGGCAUUAUUCCUCUCGAAUUAAUUCAGUGAAUACAGGCAAGAGGUGAUUCCCCAUCGCUACUCCCGAAGUGGUAUUGUAGAAUCUAUCCCGAAAUGUAAAAUAGUUUUCGUUCAUGCGGAGCCUGGCAAGGUUUACAUAAAUUCGAACUUCGAGUUAGAAUCGGCAAUGAUUUCUUGCAUCUCAUCCCCCUCCUUGUGGACUUUCAGUUGACAUCUAAUUCUUAGAAGCGCAGGAUUUGGCAUUUGGAGUCGCCCCAUGUUCGGGAAUACCACACAGCGCUCGAUGGACCCUUUUGAUAGAUUCGGGAAGCGGGUUGUUUUGCAAUUCGGAGAAGUUUCCACUCUCCAGUUUCCGGUACAAAAAAUUGUAGUUUGGAGAAAGCUACUCCUUGUCUAGUAGCAAAUAUCAUUCUUUUAUGAUUUUUGUACUAAAAAUAAAGGAUUUUUACUUAAAUUUCAGAUUUAUAAACCUUACUGAAAAGCUUUUUACACUAAUAAUUUCAAAACAGCGAGCUACUGCCGCAUGAUAUGGCGAAUACGAAGCCGUUAUCCAUAUAAAUAAAUCUUUAAAAAUUGAUAAGCAUAUAUUCUCGUCGUCGUCUGUUAGCGCUCGUCCCCCUAACCUACGUAACCAUCGUCGCAACUUCCACACCAAUAGAAAAUCUCUCCAUUUUCCACUGAGAUGUACAUCAAUGAAAAAAAUCAGCACGAAUAUGCGGGUUUACCUCUAAAUUUCGAAUUAUCUGACAUUUACCAGCUUCCCUUUCCAAAUUUGAAUAAUUUAAAUCCUUAAAAGGAUAUCAGUGCACAUGCUGAAUAGGUGCACUUUCAGCGUUCGUUUUUGAUUUCGUUUCAUGUUAACUUCAAGCCAUUUCAAAAAUUGUAUCGAAACCGAUAUCAAAGAACCGCUUUUACGUACACAGACAGCAAGGAUGAGGGUAACAGUCAAAUUCAAUAAGGACCCACUCCACAUUAGAAUCGUUUCUAUUUACAAGAAAUUCAUAUGAUGGCAUAAGCAUAUGUACAGACAUGGGAAGGAUACUGAGGAAAACACAGAAUUGAAAUUUUAAGAUUUGUUGAGAUCAAAGGAGCACAAUUGCAGCUGAUGAAAACCAUCCCUCCUUUCUCUAGGGAUAUCAUUCUGUGUACAUAUUAUUCUCUUUUAACAAGGAAAGCCAACCAUUUGCUUCCAAAGAGAGGUCCAUAUUAUUACCGGAAUAGGUAAUAUUCUCCAACCUCUAGGAUAUGGAGAAGGAUACACGAGAAUCUCAAUAAGGUAGAGCUACUUUUUUGGUCUGAUACAACCAGAUUAUCCUAGAUUCACUUUACGCGGUAAUUAAUGAAUGUACUUUCGAAUACUGAAGUACCGCGAGAAUGCUAGAAGAAAGCAAAAAUGCAUCGCACUAGAAGCAUACUUUUACUUUUUAACAUUGCAUCAAAAUUCGUACCUUUUCAUUGAAAAAUCUUAUUUCAAAUCUAAUUUCCUAACUUCCAUUAUUUUUGCGAUCUAAUCAAGGCCUACUCCGCCACGGAGAACACUGGUGGUGACAACUGUCAAUCGAAUUAACAACAUUCGAAAUAAAUUUCGAAAUUUAUUUCGAAUGCUGUUAACCCCGCUGCGUAACACUUUCUUGGGUACUUGUGAAAGAUAGCUAGGAACUUACUGAACUCAGAUUAACAAAAUUUUUCAUAACUUCUACGGAACCAUUUAAUUUGAAUAUGAAAAAUCUGAUCCUUUUUGUUGAAUUCAUUCCACUCCCCAAUUGGGAUCUGAGUGGGUGUUUUAAUGAUAUACGAGUAAACUAAAAAAUUGUACAAACACAGACUUCCCUCAACAGACAGGGUCAUAUAAAAGCAAAAGCGUCUACGGAAUGGACGCUUUUUAUUGCUGAAACACGUGAAUUCCAGUAAAACUUGCCGUCAAUCUCUGCUUUUAAAUAUAAUAAUUCCCAGAUAACAGAGUUUUUUGGUUGGAUAUUUACCCGGAAAAGCAAAUAAAAGGCACUUGCAUUUCACGGCCAGAAGUUUUGAAUGGACGAAAUGAAGUACCGCUCAAUUAUCCUUUAUUCGCUGAAGUAUUCCAUUCAUGACGCAAAUUACUUCAUAAAUCAAUUUAAUACCGCAGCGGAAGAGUGUAAUCAUAUUCACAUUAUCCUUAAUUAAUGGAUGAACACGGUGUAUUCAACAUCAAUUAUAAAAUUGUAAAGUACUUGGCGAAAUAUGCAAAUCAGCCCCGUUGAUUCCUGUGUUCCUGCCUAUGGCUUCCCUGCAAACAGAAUACUUGUUUUAACCAUAAUUUUUUCAUUGGACUGGAAAUCUGGCAUCUUUCGCUCCCUAUUACGCUCCAUCUGAUCCCAUCCCCUCGGACUAGACUAUGAACAACAUUUCUCACGAAUUGUGUAUACUCGAGAAACACAUUUACGACGCCUUAAUAGAGACUUUCAAACGAGAAAGAAUAAAAUAUUUCGUAAAUUAAGGAUACUAUAUGUUUGUAUUAGUAAAAAAUCAGCAACCACUACUACGUCUUUCUAUGUACUACCGAAGUAAGCAGGAUAAGUUAAAAAUUUCGUAAAAAGGAUAUAUGAAAAGACAUGUACGCUUUUAAUAUACUAAGUAAGCUUGUAGACAACGUACUCAUCUAAAAUAAUUAAAAAAAAAAACAAACGAAAUCAUUUUUACCAUGAAUACGAAGAUAAUUAAAUAAAAGUGAAAUUUAAUUUUGCUAUAGUGAAUGUAUUUAGUCACGUAAAGAGCAACUAUGUGAAUGUAUAAAAGAAAAAGACAAAACAAAUGGAUUAUACACUAAAGAUGGUGAAAAUAUUAGUUUAAGUAGGAAACCAAUUUUUUGCUAAAAACAUUGUAAAUGUUACCAAAUAUGUACGUACUGCAAUUGUAUAGAAUGUCUAAGCAACCAAAUCCACAAAAACAAAACGAAUAUUAUGUAUCCUUUCAACACACAGAGAUGUCUAAUAGAAUUUAUUAUAUUUAAUUGUGAAUAAAUAAAAAUGCUGCAAAAUAUAUAUAUAUAUACUUAUAAUAAAUAAA